AUUAUGACAGUUUUUUACAACUAAAGUGGGGGAUUAAGGGAGGAAGGAGCGACGUGGACGUAAUAAGUCAGGGUUUAGCAUCCUCGCUAAGGGAAAUCCGUCAUCCCUUGUCCACUCCUCUCUGUCCUAACAACCACCGCAUACGGACUGUAGUCGGACAUGACCGAUUGAAGACGAUCAAGGAAGCUUCUCCGCUUCUUUCUUCUCUUACUUACUCAUUCGAAUACGACAAAUACCGUGCCCUUCAACUGACAGCGCGCAGUCGGUACUCUGUAAGGCGGUGUUCGCCGGGAACGCCCUGGCAAUAGGAUCGAUCGUCGGCUGUGCAUUAGACAAAACCUCCUCCUUCCGUCUAGUGCUCCGCGAUACUUUGUCUAUAUCCCGUCUCCCUCGAACCCUUCCAAACCAAAACAUCCCUCAUGCAUCUUCACCACUUAUCACCUCUCUACCUCCUCGCCUCCUCCUCGCCUCCUCCUCCUCACCGCCGCCCCAGAACAUGGCGACCAUAACAGCACCACCACCACCCACCACCACCACACAACGACCUGGCCAACCCCCAACCAACUCAACAACCCCCUGGCCACCACCAGCUCUAUUCAUGAAAAUGGAAUUCGGCAUCUCCCUCGCCCCAACAUCCACCCACAACCUCUCUCUCUCCUACGCCUCCCGCCCCAUCACCACCUCCCGCCUCGCAAAAACAAUCCCAACCUUCCUCCUCCCCUCCCGGCGCCGCGGCCUUACCACAAAGAAAGACGCCCGCCCCUCCCUCCGCUCCAGGUCCGAGAUCCUCAUGCGCCCUUCCACAAGAACACCCGCAUACCAGCAAUACACCAUGCUCCAACCCUCCUACCCCCACCCCGAGCGGCCAGCCACCCAGCGAACAUCCUCUCUCAACCCUAACUACGCGCCUCACCUCAGCUGGGGCCCGACAAGACACUUCCUCGAACACAAACCCCUCCCCGAACUCCCAUCGCGCUUCCGCCUCGGCGAACCGGACCUCCCCUGGUCAUCCCCGGCGCCGUCAAUCAGGAGCACCACAACCGCGCAGACGACAUCCACCCGUGCCGCCGGGCCGUCCUCCGACCCCGUCUGGUCCGCCGUCUCCCCGCCCUCAGCAACCUGGGCUGCACCGCGCAGUGUUUCUAAUCCCCCCUCUCCCAUCGUCAGCCCGGACGUCUCUUUCGCAUACCCCCCACAACCACCACAUCACCACCACACCGGCUCCGGCUCCGUCUCCCCCGCCUCCCCCGCCGACGCCGCCCCAGGCCCGAAACCCUGGCGCGACACGAGUUUCUACACCUCCAUCCCCGGCCCGCGCUCCAUCACCCCGCCACACACCCACCGCGCGCGCGCAGUAUCGGCUUCAGAUCGUGGGACGGACCGGGUGAGUGAGGGUGGAGAGCGGGAGAGCGUGCGUGAUUAUGAGGCGGAGGUGCGUGCGAGAGAUGAGACUUGGAUGGCGAUUGACCCGUUGCGGGAAUGGGAGAUGCACAACCUACAAGCUGCGAUGAUGUCUUUCGACGCGCUGGGGGAGUGGGAUGAGACGACCGCUAGUGUGGGGAUGAAUGCUGCACCCGCGAGUAACUAUCCGCACGACAGGUAUAUGGAUCAGUGGAACAACAACAACAGCGGCCGCUCUAGAACCGUCGGCUGGGCGGAGGAUCGGACGAGCAGCCCGCACGAUCUCGGAUGGGCAGUGGGAGUUGGGGAGGAUGGGAGGAUGGGCGUGGUGAGGGAUGAUGAGGCGGGGUGGCAGAGGUAUAAUUUCGAGGAGUGGGAUCGCGCGGGGAAGGGCUGGUCGUAUAGGGAUGUUAAUGGGUUUACGUCUUCUUGACCGGAUGGGGUGAGGAGGCGGAGUUGGAAUUGGGG